AUGCAGGAUUUACUGGCUACUUUACCAACCAUUCUCUCCGUGCCACAGCUGCCACACGUCUCUAUUCGGCAGGAAUUGAUGAACAUGCAGUUAAUCUCUGAAAAAACUGGCCAUCGUUCACUGGCACUUCGUGGAUACAAGAGAACAUCGGAUGAUCAACUUAAAGCCGUUGACGGCAUUCUGAAGUCGAAGAAUAUGAAACCUUCUACUUCUACAUCUACAUUCCCUUGUGAUGUGGUUUCUACUUCGUGUGAUGCUAUGUCUUCUUCUUUUUGUGAUGCUGUCAGUGUGUCUACUUACAAGGGGAACUCGACUGGGAGAAGUGUACAUGUGAAGGCUGCAAGAAAACAGUCCGAUUUUGAAGGAUACAUUGUAUCAGUACUGAGACAGUCUGAUAUUACGAUAAAUAUCAGACUGCUCACUAAUAUCGGACUGCCACAGGCGUGUUUCCUCCCCGGUGGGGCCCGGGUCCUUGUUGUGGUGACUUUGAUUGUGACUAUAGCAAAUGGACAGCUGUUCACCAACCACCGAGGACCUUGGAACAUAGUCUUCAAGCUUCCGUAUAACAAUAAACCCAGUGGAUACAGCAGCAUCAUCGAUUUAUGGAAAGCCUCUGGUCACAUGAACGGCGAGGAUGUUGAUGCUAUGACCGACUUCAGUACCUCCUCCAAAAUUUACAAAUCAAAAUGGCUUGACGACUGGGAAACUAGGAGUUUCUCCGCGGUGCGAUUGUCCGCCUAUAAAAACAGCAAGGAAGUAGCCUUUAUUACAUUUAACAGUAUGGGCAAGGGGAAAAAUGAAUGGUUGGACUGCAAUAACAUCAUCGACUCCUCGUACACCGACGUCACAUCCCAAUCCAAAAACUACUGCCAGAUGGAUUAUGGAAGUAACCAAGAAAGAAACUUCUUCGUCAACCAUAACUAUGGCGGCUGUCCGAGCGAUUACGGUUGGUUUAUGAUGAAGGACUUUAAUGCCCUCAGCGGAUGUUCUGAAUGGGAUCAGGUGACGGGAAAACCCUACUUCCUGUAUGCUGGCGGCACCACUAUGGUGAACUGGGCUACCGGAAACAAACAAACAGCUGACUGCAUGGUCGUCUCCGUUAUGGCUUGGGACAUGGUGUUCAAGGCCGUCCAGGGCGUUGUUCCCCCUCAGGGAGGGCUCCGCCAGCUGUGGACGUCCAGCGACACUCUGAAUAGUGACAACCCCUCGGCACAGACCCUGACCCGCGCCCCUAAUCUGGUCUACAAGUCAGCUAACGUGGAGAAAUGGCAGAGCAUACCCGGAUUCUUCAUUGAGAGCGUAAAAUACGCAUUCUUUACGAAUGGUAAAGAGGUCGCCUAUAUUAUCUUUGACGGCCGUGACACGGACAAAAAUGGCUGGUACAAUGACGACCGUAUCCUGUACUCAAGAUGGACGGACAUUAUUGGCUACACCAAAGUAGGAUCAUCCAUUGAUGGUGACGGAACCAGGCGUUUUUGUGUGUGGAAAGAACAUGGAGGUUGUCCAAACGAUAAAGCCUGGAUGGCCAUUCUGGACUCCUCGGACACAGCCCAACAUUGCUCAUGGGACAAAAACGUUCAAAGCCGACCAUAUUUCUUGUACAGCAAGAAAUCAACUUGGGCCCUUUGUGAGUCGAACAAUGCAUGGAAUAGUGCCGAAUUCCCUGCAGCGGAGACAGCUGCUAUUUUUAUCAAAG